AUGAAUUUUCGACGGCUUAGACAGCUAGAUUCGGCAAUUUGCGGCCUACAUUUGGCGAUUUCCGGUACUGCUUCUAGUACUCUACCUCCUUCUGUCCUACUAUAUUUUGCUUUCCUUCAACUCUUUGAGAAUCGUUUUGGUCAAAACGAACUUCAAUGGGACUGGUUAUGGAAGUUAGACGAGGGGAAUGAUGACAAGGAGAUUAGCGAAACAAUCAUGUAUACUGAAUUUGCUGGAAAGUAUUGGAAAGAUAUCGAACAAAGAUUUGGACAGGCUAGUGACCUCCUAGAUUUCAAAAGGACUGUUGCUCUUGUUCAAGCUGCUGAAAACCAAUCUUUGGGAGUGUCUGAGUCUUUCACAUAUAAUGUCAAACCUGUCAUUGCUAAAUCUGGAAACACAAAUAUUUCUUCAGAUCAAUUUGCUCAACUGUUGAAUUUACUUCAGCAAUGUAAAUUGGUAUCUCUUCCUAUUUCUUCAGAUCAGUUUGCCCAACUGUUGAAUUUACUUCAGCAAUGCAAAUUGGUGUCUCCUCCUACUGAGAUAUCUAGUGUUUCAGCCAACUUUGCAGAUCUGAAGAAGCUAGUGGUACUUGGUAAAUUUCAGAAUGGGCUCUACAUCCUCAAGGGUCCUUUUAUAGAAACUUCUACUAAUUUUUACCUUAAUCAAUUUACUACUCCUCGAGUGCCUCAUCUUGAGGCCGGUUAUCAUGUUCUGAGAUCCUCUAGUUUUCCUCUUCGAGGUUUCAGUGACUCUAAUUGGGAUAGUUGUGCUACUAGUCAUAAAUCUGUAUCUGGAUUUAUGUUGUAUUUGGGUGAUUGCACCAUUUCUUGGAAGUCCAAAAAUCAACCCACCAGUGCCUUAUCUUCUGCAAAGGCAGAAUACCGGGCUUUGGGGCUAUUGGUUGCUGAAAUUACUUGGCUGAUACAUUUUUUGGGUGAUCUUGGAGUUUCUGAUCUUACCCUUGUUGAUGUAUUUUGUGACAACCACGCAGCUGUUCACAUUGCUAAAAAUCCUAUUUCUCAUGAACUGAUACGAGAAAAUAAUGGAAGGCACUAA